UGUGAGAGCAGCUUCAAGUCGUCGUGUGGAGCAGAUGAGGAAACAGGAGUAACGGGACCGCGCUUUCUCUCGUGUCGGUUCAGUUUCAGUCUGAAACAAUGAGCAACGCUGGACUUUAACUCUUGGAUUGCGGUACACACACUAAAGGAUGCAAGGUGCGAUUGCACGAGUUUGCAUGGUGGUAGUAGCGGCAAUCCUCAACCACCCGCUUCUUUUCCCCAACGAGAACACCACCGUCCCCGAGCAAGAUGAAGACCUUUUGGCCCGGAUGAAAGAGCACCAGGCGAAACUGGAGGCUGAACAGAAGCGCCUGGAGCAGGAGAUCUCACAGACUGAAAAAGCUGUGAUUGGUGAUCUGGACGGUUAUGGCUGGUACUUUUGGAGUGCCCUCUGCCUUGUCAUUUUCUUCACAAUCGAGGUUUGCAGGCAGGAUAUAAUCCCUGCUGAAGUUCCAGACCCUGCAGAAGAUGAAGAUGGAGAUUGCAGUACCGGUUAUCUCAGUGCUAAGACUAUCACAUUAGAUCGAGAUGUCCUAAAUAACUUCUGCAAGACCCGCUUCCAUCCUUACGUCAAUGAAAGUGGAAGAGUGCGGGAAUUUAUCGAGGGUUUUGCUGAUGAUUUGCUGGAGGCACUGAGAAGUAUUUGUGACCAAGAAUCUGACUUGGAAGUUGAGGACUUUGUUGGGAUAGGGAGUAUGUUCGAAUCCUGGAGGGUCUCUAAACCUCCUACAUGUGACCUUAUUGUGCCUUUUUCUCCUCCCCAACCAUUCAGGUUUCAGUUUGAACUCUGGUGCGACCCUUCCACUGAAAUCCCACUUGACCUGCAGGGAUGUGGAAGGAUUCAACUCAUUAAACCCGGUGGAAAUGGCACGGAUUGUCUUUGUGGCUCUACCGAUCUUGGUGAUGAUAUGCUGUGUUUGCUUCACAAUAGAAAUGAGUGUGAAAUACUUGAGGACAAUGCUUUGCCGGAGCUCCUCUGUGCAAGGGACACUGCGUUUUUGUCGAAAGGUCAGAUCAUGAGAUGGUUCCAGAUUUCCGUAAGCAAAGCUUGGGGCCAGAUCUCUCAUAAGUACGACUUUGAGCUGGCAUUUCGAAACCUGGACUUUCCUGGAGCUCUGAAAGUCAAAUUUCGAUCCGGAAAGACAGUCGUUCUUAAUCUUACCCCUGCUGUUCAGUUUGAGAACACGGACGCUUACCUCCUCUCCCAUUUCCCAUCUGACACUAGCAACUCCUCAGACACUCAUUGGCAACUCUCACUAAGUGUUUAUGAGAAGAAUCUGCUUAAACACCUGGCGAAAAGCCUUCCUACAAAUUCCUGCCACAUUCAUUGCCUUCAAAUAGUUUCUUUUUUGCACAAAAAGCAGACCACUUUGACGGGGAGAAGUGCCUUAAGUAGUUAUCAUAUAAAAACGGCGCUGUUGCAUUUGUUGUUGAGUAAACGUCCUGCAAUGUGGCAGCCUCAGAAUCUUGAUAGCCGAUUACGAGAUCUGCUCAGCUUCCUUCAACAAAGCCUGGAAGAAAAGAGACUUUAUCAUGCCGUUGUCGGGAACCCUCACAUCCCGGUUGAAAUUCUUGUUCCCAAAAUAAUCCGUACCGCAGAGCCGAUAAACUUGUUUAGGCCUCUUGUGUUACAAAGACACGUAUAUGCCAAAAUGGAGGAGCAUUUUGAGGAGAUGGUCAGAAAUACAUCUGUGCUUGUUCAGGAAUAUACAUCUCAUUUUUCGAACGGUCAUGUGAGGCAUGAAUUCAGCUCAGCGGAGCAAAUUUAGACUCUUGCUUUGAGUGCAGGGGAUUCCAACAGCCUCAUUACAUGAAGUAAUGCACCUUCAAUGUAAACCACAUAUUAAGCACUGACUGUUACGAUUUAUAAUGUGUGGGUGUUUCUUCAACUAUGGACACUUUUAGGUCGUUAAAAAGUGACAUUAAAAUAUGUUGGAAAGUUUUUUGUAUUUAUUAAUAUUUCACAAAGGGGAAAGCUGUCAGUAGAGAACAUGCUUGACUUGUUGAAUACUAAGAAAAAUCUAUGUAACGGUGUUUAUCAUGCAUGGUUUUCAUUCAUGCUUUAAUAAUGUGUUCAGGAUACAUAAUGCAUUUUUGUUAAAGGGAUUUUUUUUUUAUUCUUUGUUUUGUCAUGAGCACGUGGUUGAAGAAACACUCUUUCGUCGUUCAUCUGGCAGCUGUUUCAGGCUCUUAUUUCAAAUUAUGUCAUGUUAGCCUCAUAAAUUAUGUAACAAUAUCAUAGUAUGCGAGUCGUGUGUGUGCCAACAUGCAAGAGAUUGUCAAUAAUAGCACAGCCAAGCAACUACGAGCAACUGAAAACAGUGAUGUACAUGUCAAAGCUACUUCAAAGGUCUGAAAUCUUUCCUGUACAUUGUGAUGCUGCUUAUUUUAUAGAGUUUAAUUCCUUUUUAAUCCAUCUGCACAGUAGCAUGGGAAUGGUUUUACUUGACACUUUUAGUAUGGAAUUAAAUUUCUCACUAUUUUCAUUUAAAAAUAUUUUUGUAUUUUAAAUCCACACACACACACACACACACACAAGUGAGAAUUGCACUUAAACUUGUAAGUCGUUUCCCCUAGCAGGAAACAAUGUGUUGCAGCCUCACAGCAUGUAGUGCUUGCUUCAGCUGCAUGUACUUUCGCCUAAAGAGAAAGUCCUUAAUAUAGGGAUUAAAGAAAUAAACAAAAGAGUGCAUGUUUUGUCCAUAUAUUUUAUACACCAGUUUAUUUAAAUUCAUGUAUAAGUGACAAACAUGUUAAUAUACCCGUUGUAGCCUUUUUAAUAAAAAAAAAAAACAUGAGAUUAGUAUCUGGUCUUAAGC